AUGGACCUCAUUUCGGGCCUGGGUUUCCCAGGAGCUUUGCCCGAUUGGACGAAUCUGAAUGUUCUUCACCGCAACACAUUGGCUCCCCGAGCUCACUUCUACUCGUACGCCAGCGAGGAGGCCGCCUUGUCAUUCGAUCGUAGACAGAGCGAGUUCCUCAGCCUCAAUGGCACCUGGAAGUUUCAUUAUGAUCAGAGCCCUUUCGAAGCACCCAUCUGGGAGACGGCAAACGUGACCUCAUGGGCAGACAUUGAGGUCCCAGGGAUGUGGCAGCGGCAGGGAUACGGUAUUCCCCAUUACACCAACAUCAACUACCCGUUCCCUAUCACUCCUCCUAAUGUCUCUUACAUCAAUCCUACGGGAUCAUAUUGGCGGGAGUUUGAAGUUCCAGACAACUGGGAAGAGGACCAGCAAAUUCGUCUUCGUUUCGAGGGCGUUGAUAGCGCCUUUCACGUCUGGGUCAACGGUGAAGAAGUUGGUUAUAGCCAGGGAAGCCGCAACGCGCAUGAAUUUGAUAUCACCGAUUAUCUUACACCAGGAAAAGCCAACUCGCUUGCUGCUCGCGUCUACCAAUGGUCUGAUGGCUCGUAUAUCGAGGAUCAAGACCAGUGGUGGAUGUCAGGCAUCUUCAGGGAUGUCUACCUCAUUCCUUUCCCUCGCUCAGCAAUCGUGGACUAUUUUGUCAAUACUGAAAUCGAUGACUCGUUUGAAAGCGGCACGCUCAGGCUCAACGCAACCAUACAAGGCGACCCGGGUGAUAUGUCGGUAAAGCUUCUCUCUCCCAGCGGCGACACCCUCGAUGAGUGGACCGGGCCGUCUUCGGAUAUUUAUGAGCACAGAAUCGAGGGCGAAGACUUUCAUCUAUGGUCUGCUGAAACGCCAACUCUCUACACGAUACUAGUCACGUUCAACAACCGGACCAUCAGCCAAAGAAUCGGUCUUCGUCGCGUAGAGAUUAUCGGUAGCAACUUUUACGUCAACGGAAAAGCCAUCACCAUCUAUGGCGUCAACAGACAUGAGCACCACCACAUCACCGGCCGAACCGUUGCUUACGAAAACAUGAGAGCCGAUCUCAUUCUGAUGAAGCGCUCAAACAUCAACACCAUCCGCACCGCUCAUCAACCCCCUCAUCCAGACUUCUUCGACGUAGCGGACGAAAUCGGUUUCUACGUCAUCUCCGAGGCGGAUCUUGAGUGUCACGGCUUUGGUAAAGCUGAGAAAACGAAAGAGGAAGCUGGAAAGUGGACCUCGGAUAACCUUGACUGGGAAGCUGCCUACGUCGACAGAGCUCACCAGGUUGUUGAGAGAUUCAAGAACCACGCGUCGGUCAUCAUCUGGUCCCUUGGAAACGAAUGCUUCUAUGGCCAGAAUUUGGAUACCAUGGCCCGAUGGAUCAGACAGCGUGAUCCGAGUCGCAUCAUUCACUACGAGCCGGACCGCAACGCCACGUCGGUCGAUAUGUACAGCCAGAUGUACGAAUCGCCUACGAGCAUCCUUGAAUUCAUUGGUAACCACACAGACAAGCCGUUCAUUUUGUGUGAAUAUGCACAUGCUAUGGGCAACGGCCCGGGCGGUCUGAAAGAGUACAUUGAGCUCUUCAGAACCGAGCCUUUGAUUCAGGGUGGGCUUGUGUGGGAAUGGAGCAACCACGGUCUCUUGAAGAAAGAAGGUGAUAUUGAGUACUACGCCUAUGGCGGAGACUUUGGCGAUUACCCCAACGACGCCGAUUUCAUCAUGGACGGCCUCACUCUAUCCGACCACACACCCAUGCCUUCGCUCAAUGAGUAUGCCAAGGCUAUCCAGGCCAUCACGGUGAACCUGACAGGUGAUGGACAUCAGAUGGUCGUCACCAACCACUUCGACUUCCACGAUGUUAAUGAUUUCUCUGCGUCAUGGCACAUAAUUCAGGACGGGCAAGAGCCUACGUCUCGUCAGCCCUUGAAUCUCCCCAGCAUUCCAGCCGGUGAGCAGCGAACGGUCAACUUGCCUACUGGAAAUUCUAGCUUUGCUGGUGAGUCGUGGGUCACUGUCGAGUUCGCUCUGAAGAACGACACGGUAUGGGCAGAGAAGGGACACGUCGUGGCCUGGGACCAACUUCACCUCAACGCCCCAGCUACAGGCAACCGAACCAGGCGGGAUGUUUCCGUCAGAGCAAGGCAGUCGGGUAACCUCACGGUCAAGCAAGACAGGACGCACCUCAAGGUUGAGAAUGGCGAGUCUUCGUUUGACUUUGAUCUACUUCAAGGAAACGUUACCUGGAACAUCAACGGGGUCGACGUCUUCCAGCGCGGACCGGAGCUCUUCUUUUACCGUGCUCAGACGCAAAACGAUGAGUCGGAAGAGGGCGACGGUCCUAUUUGGGUGAAGGCCAGAGUCAACAGCAUGCACACCCAAGUCCGCGACGUGCGAUGGCAAGAAAGUGACGGUGGGCUUACAGUCAACUACAAGGUCCGCGUGGCGCCGAAGGCUCUUGAAUGGGGCGUGGAGGCUGACCUGACGUACACCGUCUCGUCCGAUUCUCUCACUGUCCACGCUCGUGGCGAUUUCGAGGGGAAGACCAAGCCCGAAGUGGUUCCUCGUAUCGGUCUGAUGGCCGUGUUGCCCACCGAUUUCAACGAAGUCUCGUGGUUCGGUCGUGGACCGGGCGAGAACUACAAGGACACGAAGGAGGGUUGCCGCAUUGGACAGUACAAGUCUAGUGUUGAAGACCUGUUCACCUAUUACGACUAUCCCCAGGAGAACGGCAACCGGGAGGACCUUAGAUGGCUGCAAAUCAGCAACGGGGCCGGCGGCGUGACACUUGAUGCCAGGAGGUCUGAGGCUGAGCCGUUUAGCUUUACGGCCCAGAGAUACUUGCCCUACGACCUGGACGACGCGAAGCACCCUUACGAUCUGAAGCCCUUGAACAUGACGGUUUUGCAUCUUGAUUACGACAACAAUGGUAUUGGAUCGGCGACUGUUGGGCCAAGACCCUUUGAGCAGUAUAGGUGCUAUGCGGAGGCGUUUGACUUUACCUUUGAUUUGAGCAUUGCGAAGUAG